AAACAUUCAAAUUUGAUUUGAUUUGUAAGUUGUAACCAGAAAAAGAACAAGUGAGACAGGCGGCGGAAUGACGAUAGCGGCAGGGAUCGGGUACGCCUUGAUAGCACUGGGCCCUUCGCUCUCCCUCUUCAUCUCCGUCAUCUCCCGAAAGCCCUUUUUGGUCCUCACCCUCCUUUCCAGUACACUGCUGUGGCUGGUGAGUCUGAUCAUGCUGUCCGGUUUCUGGAGGGCAUUUCUGCCCCUCAACUCGUGGUGGCCCUAUGCUCUUCUCAUCUUCACCUCCGUCCUUUUUCAAGAAGCCCUUCGCAUUCUCUUCUGGAAGGUCUAUAAGAAGUUGGAAGAUACGUUGGAUGCAUUUGCUGAUAGAGUAUCUAAGCCACGCCUCUUUCUGACUGAUAAGAUGCAAAUUGCUCUGGCUGGUGGUUUGGGUCACGGCGUGGCACAUGCUGUGUUCUUUUGUGUGAGUCUCUUAACGCCAGCUUUUGGUCCAGGAACUUUUUUUGUGGAUAGGUGCUCAAAGAUACCUUUUUUUCUUAUUUCUGCUAUCAUUGCACUUGCAUUUGUUACAAUUCACACAUUUUCAAUGGUCAUUGCAUUUAAUGGAUAUGCAGAAGGCAGCAAAGUGGACCAGAUUGUUGUACCUUUAGUUCAUCUUGUUGCAGGGAUGGUGACACUAGUUAAUUUUGCAUCUGGGGGAUGUAUUAUCGGUAUUCCUCUCCUCUACUUCAUUGCUGUGUUCACCUUAUUGCAUUGUGGGAAGAUGGUGUGGAGAAGGUUAACAGAGAACAGACACAGGCCACCCAUGUAGAUUCCAGAAUGUCUAUUUCCUCGUUUCUGACUACAGAUGUGUGUUCCCUUGCCCAUAUCGGUUAAUCCUAAAGAUGGAAGGUCAACUACUGCUGCCUGAAGAAAUGUUUUGUCAGCUUUAAGGGCGCCUGCAUUCGACAUUUCCAGCAAAGAACAAGUAUGUGUGUUCUGAUAUUUAGGGAUUAGUGAUUAUUUCAAAUAACAGACUUCAGUAUCUUAUUUUAGAUUUCUGUAGAGGUUUUUACAUUUGGUUCAUUGCCCUAGCCGCAACAGAAGAGUAAGACUGAAAUUAAUAGGACCAUGUUCGUAGCUUUUCUUCUUUGUCAAUGUAGUUGCUCUGUAUGCUCACUUUGCACUCUAUGCUAUGGGAAUAGCCAUUUCAAAGCCUC